AUGUCAGACGAAGGCAUCGCUUCACUAUUGACACAUAUCGAUCAAUUAAAUUCCCUGAAAACAGCAUAUGAAAAAGCGGCUGCACAAAGUAUGCAAUGUGCAGUUUAUUCCAGAUGGUUCUUUGAUGGACAUCCUGUACAUAUGGGACCAAUAGAUUUCAAUCAAAGAGAUGCUUCGUUUAAUGAUUUGGCAGAUGAAUUAGCUAUUAUUGGCACACGGUACUAUUCAGGGCCAACUAUUUCACAAUCAGCUUCAUUAGGCAAUUCGGCAUUACAAAGUAGUAAUGAAAAAGUAAGGAUAUCUCACAUUUUGUUUGAAGAAAAUGAGGGAAUCAUGAUGUAG